CAGGGAUAUUGGGAGAAGUCAUAGUUCUUAACCUAUCAUAAUCUUAACAUUAUAUCAUAUAAACUCAGCAAACAAAAUUUAAGUCCUGGACAUAAAAUAACACUGGAUACAAUCGAACAAAUGUUGUGCACAAAUCCCUAAAGAGUUAUCACAAUGAUUUUAUUCACGGUUGUUGAUGAUUUUCAAUGUGCUUCCGUAAACUGGACGGGAGGGAAAUAAACUGUAAGAUAAGUAGAUGGAGUCAUUGUCUACUUUGAGUAAAAUGUGUGUAAACUGACACUAUCAUUUUUCUCUGUAGAGUUUUUCACUGCUCGCGCGUGUCCCCCCGAGCGCGCGCGUGUGACAUCAUUGAUGGGAUUGGCUCCCCUUGACUGGGGUGGAGAGUCUCUUCCACAGUCUACAGAGGGAGAAGGAGAGGAGAGAGGGACAGAGAAAAUAGUUUCCAUCAGCCACGGAGCUCAGCACAGGGCCACCUUCACUCAGACUGAACCACGCCCCGGGGACAGGGGAGAGUGUGCCUCCCCCCAAGUGUCCAAACUCCUGUUAUGGAGGGGGGAAUGGACGGUGAAGAGUUUUAGUCAGGGUACAGGUUGACAAGAUGAAGUUCGGGAAGAGCAUCUGCGUGCUCAACGUAGGGGGAACCCGGUACGCCUUCACCCGUGAGGUGAUCAGGGACUUCCCUCUCCGGCGCGUCAGUCGCCUGCAUGCUUGCGCAACCGAGAAAGAGGUCCUGGAACUGUGCGACGACUACGACCGGGACCGGAAUGAGUUUUUCUUCGACCGCCACGCGCAGGCAUUCGUGUUCAUCAUGCUGUACGUGCGCUCCGGUAAACUCCGCUUUGUCCCCGGAGUGUGUGAGCUGUCCUUCUACACAGAGAUGCUCUACUGGGGACUGGAGAGCGCGCACUUGGACUCCUGCUGUCAGAAACGUCUGGACGACAGGAUGUCCGAGAUCGGACUGGACAGUUUGUCCGAAGUGGACAUCGGAGUGUCAGGGGAUGAGCCCCAGUGCACGAGCGAACCGGUGCAACGGACUGCGCUCACCGGUCGCGCUAAAUGGCUCGAGAAGAUGCGCAAAGCUUUCGAGGAGCCAAACUCUUCGCUUGCGGCACAGCUUUUGGCUUCGGUGUCCGUGAUGUUUGUGAUCGUUUCUAUGAUCAUGUUGUGUGCCAGCACCCUGCCGGACUGGGAUACAGCCAAGAGAAAUGCAGUGGAGGAGCACAGGAUAGUGGAGGCCGUUUGCAUUGGCUGGUUUACAGCAGAGUGCAUAGUGCGCUUUCUGGUGGCCAGAAACAAGUGGGAAUUCCUUCGACGGCCGCUGAACAUCAUCGAUGUGAUUGCCAUCACCCCCUAUUAUGUCACAAUGGCGUUGGCCCGGGCAGGGAUGCCAGGUGCCGGGCUCGGGGUUGCCGGGGUGAUACUGCGGGUGCUGAGGAUGAUGCGAGUGUUCUGGCUCAUGAAGUUAGCCAGACACUUCCUGGGCCUGCAGACACUGGGGCUGACGCUCACGCGCUGCUACCGGGAAAUGGUCAUGCUGAUGGUGUUUGUCUGCGUCGCCAUGGCAAUAUACAGUGCUCUUGCCCAGCUGCUAGAGCACGGCUUAGACUUGGGAACACAGAACCCGGACUAUGCCAGCAUCCCAGCUGCCGCCUGGUGGGUCAUCAUUUCCAUGACAACAGUGGGGUACGGGGAUGUGUACCCUGUGACAAUUGGGGGACGAGUGCUUGGGGGAAUGUGCGUGGUGAGCGGCAUCGUUCUCUUGGCACUGCCCAUCACAUUCAUCUACCACAGUUUUGUACAGUGCUACCAUGAACUCAAACACCGUUCUGCCAGAUAUGCACGCAGCCUGUCGUCGGAGGUCCUGCAGUGAACAUGCUUUUGUAUCGACACGCCAAUGGCUCUGCCUACAACAGAAUGACAUUCAGCAAACCAGUGAACCUGCUGAUCCCAGCGCGAAAUAAUGAUCAACUUUGUGUCCUGCCCUGUUUCCUGCACCUGAGCUGCACCUGGUUUUGUUCGGCUUGUCCAAUCCCUGCCUGUCUUUAACCAGCAUGCUCCAUUAUGGCAGAAGAAUAGAAAUACACACAUAAUUAUUCAUCAAACAAUCCAGUUCUGACAGUAGCUGCUGUUUACACUGUAUUCCCAUGGUUACACCAUUGGUAGAGAGGAUUGCUUUUUUUGUAUGCUGCAUCAAAUGCUGUGUGUGUGUGGCUGUCAGCCCUUCACUUUGUCUUAGCUUUGCACCCAGAUGGUACAAGUUACACAAGAUUGAUGUGUGACCUACAUGCAUUCUGCCAAACCUGUGAAACAUAGAAAAGGAGUGAACAAGUGGGUGCUGGGCUUUGUGUGUAUAAAGGUCUUAAGCCAAUGAUAAUGAAAUAUGGAGACAGGUCAGCCAGGACUGCAAGGUGGCAGACAAAUAAAGGGGAGACAGAUAUGACAGGGCAGAUGGAGUGUGAAAUGGAGCAUGAAAGAUUAUGGGACAAAAAUGACAACGAUGGCAGAAUGUGGAGCAAGCUUGAGCACAAAGAAUGAUGAGAUGGAGUGUGUACUGCUUUCCAUUUGCGGGUGAAUGUAAGGCAUUUUGUAUUUCUGCGUCUCCAAGGCAACCUCAUCCUCCAACAUGUCAAUCAUGAUGGUGGUUAAUUUGUGUGCACACGAACAGCCAACAUCCACACACACACACACACACACACACUUCUCUUGGGGGGCACAUAGCAUUUUUGUUCUGCAGUUGGGAAAAUGACAUCAGAGGAUGACUUGAAAUUACUAAAAAAAGAAAAAAGAAAAAGAGUGGGAAAAAAAUGAACAGUAGAGGAUGUCACAGAAGACGACUCUGACAUUCAUGAUGCAGACAUGCUUGCCUUGUUCAUGGUUUGCCAAGAUGAUACGAUUUGUUGAAGAGACACACGAUCCAAACAAACAAGUCAACACCUCUCCCACACAACAGCCUUUCUCCCUGCAUCUCUUCUCCUCUUCCUCCUGUUGCCAUCAACUAUCCACCUCUUACACACACACACACACACACACACACACACACACACACACACACACUCCAUCCCUGGUCUCUCUGUUGCAAGGAAAUUAAAAAUUAACUAAUCUGUUCAUUAUUAGUCUGUUCUUAAAUCGAAAGUUUAUGUUUGUUGUUUUGUCAUAAACUUUGCAGUCGAGUUUAGUAUGUGUUGUAGACAGUACAUAUCUCAAUAUCCUUGUUGUUGUGUUAUUAGUGUGCUUUUAUUGUAGUAUAACAGUCCCACAGCCCCCCCCCCCC